ACGAUACUAAAUUCAAUGCAUAAAUACCAGCCGAGGUUUCAUCUUGUGCGAGCGAACGAUGUCCUUAAACUGCCGUAUUCAACGUUUAGGAGUUACGUAUUCAAAGAAACAGAAUUCAUCGCCGUUACAGCUUACCAAAAUGAAAAAAUUACGCAGUUGAAAAUCGACAACAAUCCCUUUGCGAAAGGAUUUCGAGAUACUGGUGCUGGCAAACGAGAGAAAAAAAGACAGGCGCUGUUGACCGUAUCCGGAGGAACUUCCCGCCUAACUUCCGGUGCCCCAGCAUCACCAGACAAGCGCAGAUCCUCGAACUCCGUAACCGACAUGAUGGACGACGAGGACAAGCUGCUGGACGUAGUGGGACCAGACACGCCACACCCGGCGCAGCACCACCGAGAACGUGAACACUCCCGGGAAAGAGACGACAGGAUAAGCGAGCGCGAAGGUAGCGAGUCCUCGGGUUCGGAAAGUGGUGGCGUGCCUGGUGGGCCAACCUCUGAGGGUCCAAGGCCAGACGUGUCUGUCGGGCCGCCGGUGCUCCACCCGCCCCUGUUACCGUAUUUCUACCCUCCAGUACCUGGGCUCUACCACGGACACAGUCCCCUGUUGCCGCCAAACCCUCUGGGCCUCCACGGGGGUGUAACACCGGGAAUGCUGCUAAACGCCCAGCUCGCUUUGGCGGCCAGCCAGCAUUCGGCCCUGUUCGGGCACUAUCCUCACCCCCUCUCGAGUCCUCUGCACCAGCUGAAGGGACACCGAUUCGCGCCUUACACCUUACCUGCCCCUUCCCACGGCUCGGCUUUCGAGACAGUCACUCCUGGAAGCCGCACUCUGAGUCCCAGGUCACCUCCUCCCAGGCCCCCCACUGGGUCUCCGACUCCCGGGACAGGUGGACACGGUCCAGCAAACACCGGACCUGCCUCGGCUACGGGAGAAUUAAAAUCCAUCGAGAACAUGGUGAACGGGCUCCAGGAGAGACGGAGCAGCAGUAGCAUUAAAAAACGGCCUAGUCCUAGUUUGACGCCCGGGCAUCGGAACGAGGCCGACGGAGGCGGAGGGAGUCCGUGA